UUUAUUAAGUUAAAUAAUUAUACAUGUUGCUAUUGCAUAUUAUUAUUAAGUAAUUUAACCGUGCUUGUAUUAAGGGUUCGGGUGGUCGUCAUUUUAGUAAUGCUUUCAAACCCAUGUGCAUAGAUCAAUAUUGAAUGAACGAAAUGUUCGGAUUCUACUUUGUAACGAUAAUAUGAACAAAAAGAGAAAGGCGGAUGUGCUGGUCAACAGCGUUAAUCAGAUGCUGAUGUUAAAGAGCGGAAAGACUUCCGGUUCCAUACUUCGAGAGGCGGGCCCUGAUAUACAGAAGGAGUGCGCGCGCAAAUACCCGAACGGGAUCGCGUUCGGAGACAUCGCCGUAACAAAGGCUUACAAACUUCAGUGCAAGAGCGUCUACCACGUGGCCAUGCCGGCUUGGGACACGCCCUUUCUAGACCCACACCAGAUUCUUUGCCAAACAGUUUGCAACUGUCUGGAACGCGCCCAUGCUGAUAAAAUGUCCUCCAUGGCUCUUCCGGCCCUCGGAUGCGGAUUUCUAAACUUCCCACCAGAUGUUGUCAUGGACACCAUUUCCGAGUGCGUUUCGAAAUUCGAAGAGACCAGACCUAAGAGUACACUGAACCACGUGAUCAUUGUUAUAUACAACCAAGGUAGCGACGGACAACAUAUCAAACAGAAAUUUACAACCUCACAGAGACGGCACCACGAGUUAUCAACAAAACGCCUCGCCGCUGUUAAAGAUUUUUCAAUCACGUGCCGUAAAGAAACUAGUCAGAACGCUUGCGGGCGCGUGCUUGUGUGCGGUCACGGUUGUGUUGGGUACAAAAACGAGCCCAAGUGCCCGCCCUGUGUACACCCGACCUGUUACCAGAAAUCAUCAGGGCUAACACAGAGUGGGGAAGACGACUGCAGCAUUUGCUACACGGAUGAACUGAGAGAGGCGCCGGUUGUCAUGUUGCAGUGUGGUCACUUGUUCCACCUGCACUGCACGCGCCGAGUACUUGAGAACAAGUGGGUCGGUCACAGGCUAAAUUUCACCUUUAUGUUGUGUCCUUUGUGUAAGGUGCCUAUCGAGCACCCUGUUCUGGACCCUACCCUGGCCCCACUGAAGGUCCUACGUGAUGACGUCACGCGGAAGGCAGUGAUGCGCCUGAAGUACGAGGGGCUUGAGAACUCUGCCCAUAUUGUUACCCCUACCAGCCCUUUCUUUAAGAAACCCGAGCUGUACGCGAUGGAUCAUUAUUCCUACUACCAGUGUUUUAAAUGUCAAAAGGCGUAUUUCGGGGGUGCGGCCCUGUGCGAGGGAGGGGCGGCUGAUGGGGACAUGAAGAGAGAGGAGCUGAUAUGCCCCGCCUGUGCGGGGCCGCAGAUGGUGCAGAACUGUCCAACGCACGGCACUGACUACAUCGAGUACAAAUGUCGCUACUGUUGCAGCGUAGCAAUCUUCUUCUGUUUCGGCAACACGCAUUUCUGCAAUACAUGUCAUGCGACACCGUAUCAUACCAAGUGUGCCCCCUGUCCCGCGGGUCCCGGGGGUCGACAGCUGACGGGGAAAUGUCCCUUGGGAGUCAGGCAUGCUCCAAACGGAGAGGAAUGCUGUCUAGGAUGCGGCUUGUGUGCAAAUCUGCAGUCAUUUUAGCUCUGAUAUAUAUUAUUAUUGCUUAUGGGGACCGUGCCUUUUAUAUGAAAUGUAUAUAUGUUUGAAUGAUACAUUUACUCUUACUAUAGAACAAUAAUUGUACAGAAUAAAAACUUGAUAUGAAAGUUUUUUUUAAAUAAUAUUAUCUUUUAAUAAGAAUUAAUUAAGUGGUUGUUUAACAUAAAUGUUUGUCUUAUAUCUAUUUAUAUUGUUAUAAAAAGUCACCCUUUGAACAUUGUUUGCGGGUAUAUAUAUUCAUUAUAUAAUUGCAAAUUGAUAAAUAUAUAUGCGUAAAACAGAGAA